UGUGUGUGUAAACCCAUAGUGUAGCUCUGAGCAGCGGGUUUGGUCAAACUCAAGAGUUCGUGUUCUCGCAGGAUGUUGUGAGCGCGAGAGGUGGUGCCGCUAUCAGGUCGCGCGGUGACGGUCGGGACAGCGAGACGUGGUUCAGGCAGCAGCUGGAAGACUCGAGCGAGUUAAAAUUCGUUGGGAAGGGCGGAAAAUUACGGACCGACGGCCGCUCCAUACAUGACAAGGUCGGGUGGGUGGGGAGCAGUUUAGGGAGCAGCGCUGAUCCAGUCCUCAGCGCUCCUGGGAAGAGCCCGGAACCGAGCGACGCGACUCGUCGUUUUCUAACAGAUUUGUAAACAUUUGAGAUGUUUCUGUAGAAGGUCUCUUAGUUGUUUAGUUUUUACUUUUGUUGUUUGUUUUGGAUCUGUGUAACUUUGGAGAUGAGUGCGUCAGUGAAUGGAGUGGAAACCAAACCCGCUCCGGACGCUCCGGCGGCCAGUCUGAAGGGAACGGGUUCUGUUCCUCCAAGCCCCACCGAUGUCAAAACACCCGAGUCGGUGCUACCGGACGAGGAGCCGCAGUCUACGUUGACAGACGCCACGCAGAUGGGGAUCAAGUUCGCCAAGACAUUCCUGCUGAUUUUCCCCAUAUACGUGCUGGGAUAUCUGGAGUUCAGCUUUAGCUGGGUCCUCAUCGCCCUGGCCGCGCUGUUCUGGCUCAGACGGAACCAGGGCAGCAGAUUCGCUCCGGUGAACCGGGCGCUGGCGUUUCUGGAGCAAGAGGAGCGAGCGGUGCGUCAGAGCGUACGGAGCUCAGAGCUGCCGCCUUGGGUUCAUUUUCCAGAUGUGGAGAGAGUGGAGUGGCUCAACAAGACUGUACAUCAGAUGUGGCCAUUUAUUUGUCAGUUUGUAGAUAAAAUCUUCAGAGAGACCAUUGAACCGGCAGUGCAGGGAGCCAAUGCACACCUAAGUACUUUCACCUUCUCCAAGAUAGACAUGGGGAACAAGCCCCUCAGGGUGGAUGGAGUGAAAGUUUAUACAGAGAAUGUAGAUAAACGACAGAUUAUUAUGGAUCUACAGAUCAGUUUUGUCGGAAACACUGAAAUCGAUGUGGAUAUUAAGAAAUACUAUUGCCGUGCAGGAAUCAAGAGCAUACAGCUUAAUGGUGUGUUGAGAGUCAUCAUGGAGCCAUUGCUAGGAGAUAUGCCACUGAUUGGUGCACUGUCUGUGUUCUUCCUCAAGAAACCUUUUCUGGAUAUAAACUGGACAGGUCUUACAAAUAUGCUGGACAUCCCUGGAAUAAAUGGUCUGUGUGACAGCAUUAUUCAGGAUAUCAUAUACAGUUUUCUUGUGCUGCCAAACAAAAUCACUAUUCCACUUGUAGAUGAUGCACAGAUUUCUAGACUCCGCUUCCCAAUGCCAAAGAAUAUUCUGCGGAUUCACUUUCUGGAGGCACAGGACAUUAUAGGGAAGGACAAGUUUCUGGGUGGCCUGAUAAAAGGAAAGUCAGACCCGUAUGGUGUCAUUAAGCUGGGUAAUCAGCUCUUCAGAUCCAAAAUCAUCAAAGAGACCGUUAAUCCUAAAUGGAACGAAGUUUACGAGGUAUCUGUGUACGAUCACCCAGGACAGAAUGUGGAGAUAGAGCUUUAUGAUGAGGACCAUGAUAAGGAUGAUUAUUUGGGAAGCCUUACCAUCAACGUAGAUGAACUAGAGAAGGAACAGAAAGUAGAUGAGUGGUUUGUACUUGAUGAUGUUGCUACAGGAAAGCUUCACCUGAAGAUUGAAUGGCUUUCUCUUCUCCCUACACCUGAUAAACUCGAUGAGGUUUUAAGCAGCAUUAAAGCAGAUAAAGGGCAGGCCAAUGAUGGACUGUCAUCAGCAUUACUGUUGGUGCAUCUGGACUCAGCCAAAAAUCUGCCACGCAAUCCUUUAGAAUUCAACAAUGCAGGUCUGAAGAAGGGUACAGUCAAUAAAGCCAUAAAGUCUAGUAAAAAUGUCACCAGUGUGCCCAGUCCAUUCGUCCAGCUUACCGUGGGACACAAAUCCUUUGAGAGCAAGACAAGAUAUAAAACCAACGAACCGCUUUGGGAGGAGGCCUUCACAUUCCUGAUACACAAUCCAAAGUGUCAAGAACUUGAAGUGGAGGUAAAGGAUGCGAAGCACGAGUGUUCCCUAGGGACAUUUUCUUUUCCUCUGUCAAAGCUGCUGCAGGAGGAUCAGAUGACUAUCAGUCAGCGAUUCCCACUCAGGAACUCAGGACCUGGCUCUACGAUUAAGAUGAAGAUGGCACUUAGGAUUCUCUCUAUGGAUAAGUUGGCAGUAUCAGGUCAGCCGUCCUCUGUUCAGAUCCGCCGCCCCAGCGAGAUCCCCGACGCCUCUCCUCAGCGGCCCAAUGUUUCAGAGCCCAUCCCAGUACCCAAAACCCAGCCGUCGACCCCAGCACCCAGAACCCAACCCUCCCCGCGGGUGGAGCCCCUAAUAGACAGCAGGCCAUUUGAGGACUCACCUACCCGUCUGGCUAAUUCGGGGCGGAGCACGUCUAACCUGGCCAUCUCUGGCUCUGAGCUACACCUAAACAGCAAAGAGCCGACCCCCAGCAUAGCAUCUGAUAUCUCUAACCCCAGCACCACCCGGGAGCUCCAGAAGACAAUACAACAAAUACAACAGAAUGGAGCCUCACCUGGUUUCGCUCCAUUGGGUGAAGUUCAGUUAACCAUCAGACACAGUUCUCAAAGAAACAAACUAAUCGUUGUGGUGCACGGCUGCAGGAAUCUGAUCUCUUGUACUGAAAAUGGUUCUGAUCCAUAUGUCCGUUUGUAUUUGCUGCCUGAUAAACGACGCUCUGGACGCAGAAAAACAAACACGAUAAAGAAAACAGUAAAUCCGGUCUAUGAUCAAACGUUUGAAUUCAGCGUGUCACUUGUGGAGUUGCACAGAAGAACUCUAGAUGUGGCUGUGAAGAAUGGAGGUGGAAUUCUAUCAAAACACAGAGGGCUGCUGGGAAAGGUGUUAGUUGACUUGACCUUUGAGGAUAUAUCAAAGAGCUCAACGCAAUGGUAUGAGCUUUCAGUGGACGGGCUGAGGCGACAAUACCCUUAACCAAAGGAACCAACUUCUUUCUGCCUACACAUACUGUAUUAAAAAAAACUACAAACCCCUGCGCAAGACUCCAAACUUCAGCCAUAUUUAAGCCAUGUGUUUUAGCCGUGGGCAAAAUUAGUACAUGUUGUAUCUUCAGAUUUGAUCACUUUUAAUAGAUUUGCAGUGUGAAAGAAGAAAAAAUAUGCUAUUGAUGUUACGUGCACUGACUUAGCAAGAGUGAAAGAGAGAAUGAGAGUGUUUAGAGAUUUUUAAAGUUAAAAAGGGAUACGGUUAAGCGGCAUCUGUUGGAUUGAUUACUUGUUUACACAUUUAGAUAUCUAAACCAAGAGUGGCAAACUCUAACAACAUCUGCCAUUUACA